UCUCUUUUCAAAUAUCAUAUUUGUGACUUGCGUCCCGCUUUCUGCCUCCAUCUCUCCCUUUCUAUGCCUUUUUUCGCGUUCAGCUUAAGUUAUGAAACAUGACAUCUAUUCUGGUUUUGAUUGGUUCAUAUCUCAUUUAUGCAUGAGAAGUUCAAUAUUUUGGUCAAGAUCGUUAUUUUAGAGUAAGGAUUUUUGGAAGCAUAAAUGAGGUUGGCAAGUUGUACCGUGACAUAAGAGUUUAUGCGGUAUUAAGUGAGUUAGCAUGUAGAGUGGCAGCAAAGCUAUCGAUCUUGAAACUGUUGAAUUGUGUGCUGCUAGCAAACUAUUUACGGUAAAUGAGUUUAACUUUCAGCCAAGAGGGGACCCUCAUUUGGUGGCUUGGCCAAUUAGAAGUCGUGAAUGGGAUUGUACAUGGAAUAGUUAAGGAAUGACAACCCAUGGGUAUCCCUCCCACCAGACCAACCAAAGUGGAAAGAGGCUCUAAGGACCAUCAGGGAUUCUCACUCUCUUUACUGUAACUCUGUCCUUCAAGCCAAGAUACUGGAAUGAUCCCUUCUAGUUCUAGAACUUGAUAGUUUGUUGAAGAGUUGGAAAGAUAUGAUGAAAGCUCACAAUGGGGAAGUAAAUGCUGUUUUCAAUAAAAUUUAUUCUUCUUUUGCUAUAUAUGGGGGGAAAGACAGUCAGGACUUCAUUCCUUAUCAAUUUUCUUAUAAGUAUCACUCAAGGGGCCAGGACAAGAAGUUUAUAGAAGGCUUGAGAAAAUGGUUGGAAGAUUUUAAAUUUGAUGAAGGGUCAAAUCACUACUCAAUGUUGAGAGAGAUGAAGGAAGGACAGCAUGUUGAUCUGGUAUGCAAGGUAAUUCAUAUAUGUGAGGUUGUUAACGAUGAGAGGAUUGCCUUUGUUUGGGAUGGCACUGAUGCCCCGCCAACUAGUCUUCAAACAAAGGUAGAAGAUGGAAUGGGUAAUGAAAUUCCACCGCAAUCAAAUCCCUUGCCUUUGUCGAGAGGGAUACUUUGUACAUUUCCUACUGUUGGGACUGUUUUAAGGGUAAUUGCUGACCAGGGUGCUGAGACACAGAUUUUCCACUUGCUAACUGCUGGUAAAUGGACAAAAAUUCUAAGCCUAAAGUGUGAAGUGAAUUCAGGCUUGUGGCAUGGGGCAAUUACUUGCUUCACAAAGCUUCGGCAUGUUUCAGAUCAGGAAUCUCUAAUUUUAGAGCGCCAAAGGUCGUUUGAUAAGCGAUUGUCUGUGGAAUUAGAACGGAUGCCUUAUUGGAGCUUUCCUAUGCCUUCGCGAAUUACAGAAGUAGAAUAUGAAGGUGCCCCUUAUGCUACAUUAAUGGAUGUUAUAACCUAUUCAAAGGUUACGGCUAAAUUCAAGUGUAUUGUUCGGGUUAUAGCUGCAUUUCCGUGGCAAGCUGGGGAUUUCCGCUCUCCUAUUGGGACAUACAGGAUCAGGCUGACACUAGAGGAUCCAACUGCCAGAAUCCACGCCUUUGUGUAUGCUGAAGAUGGGGAGGAAUUUUUUGAAGGUCAUCCCUCUGUGGAUGUAUUAACAAAAAAGCGAAAUAAGUUGCUUGGAGUAGCUGUCAACGAGCAUGGCCAGGAAAUUGAGAAUGCUCCGAGGACUCCGCAGUGGAUUCAGUGUUGCCUCAAAUCUUAUUGCCUUUUCAAGAGUGAUAUUUGGGGAAGCAGACACUAUAGGAUCUUUGGAACGAAGCUUGUGGGUUAGGACUUUUGCCAAACCAUGUGCAAACAUUUUUUUUUUUUUUUUUGAUAAGCCUAACCAUGUGCAAACAUGCUUGUUCAAGUUCUUGUACAAAUUUCUCUAAUGUUAUUAGUUGGUACA